CGCGCCGCCGGCCACCACAGCCUGUUCCGCCGUAUCCUCAGCAACCCAUCGGGGCCGGAUGCGCGGGGACUGCUGGCUCUGCGGCCGUUCCACACACACAGCUGCACACGAUGCCCCGCCAACAUGUGCAAGCACAAGGUGCUCAGCGACUACCUGCGCGAGCGGGCCCACGAUGGCGUGCACUUCGAGCGCCUCUUCUAUCGCCUCUUCUACGUGGGCGACGGCGCCAACGACUUCUGCCCCAUGGGGCUGCUGGCGGGCGGCGACGUGGCCUUCCCACGCCGCGGCUACCCCAUGCACCGCCUCAUUCAGGAGGCCCAGAAGGCCGAGCCCAGCUCGUUCCGUGCCAGCGUGGUGCCCUGGGAAACGGCCGCCGACGUGCGCCUCCACCUGCAACAGGUGCUGAAGUCGUGCUGAGUCUGGCCGCCUGCAGGGGGCACCCCGGCCAACGGCGGAGGGGGCGGGGAAGGGGGAUUCGGGAAAGACAAAGUUAGUUUUACUAC